AUGCUCAACGUCACUUAUCAUCCAAGAGAUCCAAAUCAAAAUGACAAUGAGGAAGAGCCUACCUGCUCCCGGGCCCUGGAGCAGGUGGCCAAUCGGUUGAGCAGCAAAGUGACUGCAGAGGUUUCUCAUGGCAGCAAGCAAGAGCUGCCGGACCUCAAGGCCCAGAGCCUGACCACCUGCGAGGACUGUGGUGCCUGCUUUGAGACAUGCAAGGGCCUGUCCAGCCAUGCGCUCUCCCACCUGCAGCAGCUGGGUGUGGCUGAGUCUGAGAGCAGCGGUGCCCCCAUCGACCUCCUCUACGAGCUCGUGAAGCAGAAGGGCCUGCCUGACACACCCCUUGGGCUGCCCCCGGGCCUGACUAAGAAGUCCAGCUCCCCGAAGGAGGUGGUCGCUGGGGCCCCCCGACAGAGCCUGCUCACCCUGGCCAAGCCCCUGGACGCCCCUGCUAUCAACAAGGCCAUCAAGUCGCCUCCUGGCUUCUCAGCCAAGGGCCUGGCUCACCCGCCCAGCUCCCCACUCCUCAAGAAGGCACCACUGGCCCUGGCAGGCUCCCCUAUCCCCAAGAAUCCUGAGGUCAGGAGCCCCCAGCUGUCCCUGAGCUCCCAGCCGGCCUCCCCAAAGGCACAGUGGCCUCAGUCUGAGGACGAGGGGCCCCUGAACCUCACUUUAGAUAGUGACUGGGGCAGAGAGCUGGACUGCCAGCUGUGCAGUGCCUGGUUUGAGACCCGCAAGGGCCUGUCCAGCCAGGCCCACACCCACCUGCGCCACCUGGGCGUCAGACCAGAUGCCAAGGGAUCCCCCAUAGAUGUGCUCCACAGGCUCAUCAGGAGGGUCGGCAUCCAGAAUUGCCUCCCACCCGGGCGCAGCGUGCUGGCCCAGCUGGGGUGGCCUCCUCCCACCUCCACGGCCCUCUCCUUGUUCCCCUCUCCACCACUGGCCAAGAAGGCCAAGCUGAAGGCUUUGGGUAUGGCCAGCCCCUGGGGGAAGCAGGACCUCUCGGCCGCCGCAGCCGCUGGCAUUUUCUGGGCCUCUGAUGUGGAGCCGUCUCCUCUCAACCUCUCCUCAGGCCCAGAACCAGUCCGGGAUAUCCGCUGUGAGUUCUGUGAUGAGUUCUUCGAGAACCGAAAGGGUCUUUCCAGCCACGCACGCUCCCACUUGCGGCAGAUGGCUGUAACUGAGUGGUAUGUCAACGGCUCGCCCAUCGACACACUGCGGGAGAUCCUCAAGAGGCGGACUCAGUCCUGGCCUGGAGGACCCCUCAAUCCACCAGAACCUAGUCCAAAAGCCUUGGCCAAGGUGGUGGGCAGCCGAGGUCUUGGCAGCUCGCUGGAAGCCCGCAGCCCUGCAGACCUUCACCUCUUGCCCCUGUCCAAGAAGUUGCCACCACCACCAGGCAGCCCCCUGGGCCACUCACCAACUGCUUCUCCUCCUCCCAUGGCCUGAAAGAUGUUCUCAGGCCUGACUGCACCCUCCCUGACCAAGAAGCUGAAGCCCGAACAAAUGCAUGUGGAGAUCAAGCAUGAGAUGCUGCCAGGGGUCCUUCAUGGGGAGCUACACCCGUCUGAGGGUCCCUGGGUGGCGCCACGGGAAGACAGCCCCCUGAACCUGUCAUCACUGUCAGAGCCAGUGCAUGACAUCUGCUGUGAGUUCUGUGGUGAGUUCUUUGAGAACCGAAAAGGUCUGUCCAGCCACGCACGCUCCCACCUGCGACAGAUGGGUGUGACUGAGUGGUCUGUCAAUGGCUCACCCAUCGACAUGCUUCGGGAGAUCCUUAAGAAGUCUAAGCCGUGCCUCAUCAAGAAGGAGCCUCCAGCUGGAGACCUGGCCCCUGCCUUGGUUGAGGAUGGGCCCCCUACAGCAGUUCCUGGGUCUGUGCAGCCCCUCCUGCCGCUGGUGCCAAUGGCUGGCCGGCCAGGCAAACCAGGAGCUGGGCUGGCCCAGGUACCCCGUGAGCUCAACCUGGCACCCAUCACCGGUGCCAAGCCCUCAGCCACCAGCUACCUGGGCUCAGUGGCAGCCAAGCGACCCCUGCAGGAGGAUCGCUUCCUCUCUGCAGAGGUCAAGGCCAAGACCUACAUCCAGACUGAACUGCCCUUCAAGGCAAAGACCCUUCACGAGAAGACCUCCCACUCCUGUAAGCAGUGGGUGGCAGGGUCUUGGGAGGGCAUCUGCCAGGGCCUGCAUGGCCGGGCACUGCCACACGCAUGCCCACCCCCAGCAGGCUACAUCCAGGGUGGCCGCCCCUUCACCAAGAAGUUCCGAAACGCCGCUGAUGGCCGCGAGAGCGACAAGCGGCCACACCUGGGGCUGGCACCUGGGGGCCUGUCCGUGGUGGGCCGCAGUGCUGGGGGUGAGCCAGGGCCAGAGGCUGGCCGGGCAGCCGACAGUGGUGAGCGGCCUUUGGCAGCCAGCCCACCAGGCACUGUGAAAGCCGAGGAGCACCAGCGGCAGAACAUCAACAAAUUUGAGCGCCGACAAGCCCGCCCUGCAGAUACCUCUGCGGCCAGGGGGGGCGAGGAGGCCAAUGACCUGCAGCAGAAGCUGGAGGAGGUGCGGCAACCCCCACCCCGGGUCCGGCCAGUCCCCUCCUUGGUGCCUCGUCCCCCCCAGACAUCACUGGUUAAGUUCGUCGGCAACAUCUAUACCCUCAAGUGCAGGUUCUGUGAGGUGGAAUUCCAGGGACCUCUUUCCAUCCAGGAGGAGUGGGUGCGGCACUUACAGCGGCACAUUCUGGAGAUGAAUUUCUCCAAAGCAAACCCCCCACCUGAGGAGCCCCAGGCCCCUCCAGCACAGACAGCGGCGGCAGAGGCACCCUAACACAAAAGCAUUCCAGAUCUCUCUCCUGCCACCUCUGUCUCCUACUCCUUGGUCUCCUCCUCUCUCUCCUCCUUCUUUCUUUUCCGUUCCCAAAGGAGCAAGCCAAAACCUCAAACCGGCACCCUUGGGGGCCAGGCACACUACAGCCAGGGCGCCCCUCCCCCAGCUCAAGGACUCUGGGGCCAAACCCAGGGUGUGUUCCUUCAGGCCACACCUACCCAAUCCAGUCAGGGCAGAGGCCAGGUCCCUGGUGGCAGGUGAUCUGGUCAUGGGAGGAAGCCCAGCACUCCCCAAUGUCUAGCAGCUAGGUGGGGCUUUGUUUGCCAUCUGUGGCCAUUUACAAGGACCCCAAAGACCCCCUGUACUGGUUCCCUCUUGCCCCGUGAAUAUCCUCUCACACACAUGUGAACACACACACACACACACACACACACACACGCAAGCACGCACACACCUUGUGAGUCCCCAGAUCUGCCCCAGCCCCCCAGUUCCCAAGUCAAACGAACACAUCAUACCACGGUGCUUGCUCAGGGGAAAGUAUGCUCCCUCUGCUGGCCCACUGAGGCCUGGGAGCCCCCACUGAGCCCACAAUGCCACUGAAAUCCUUGUUGGCCGCCCCCCUCCCCCAGAGGGGCCUUCCCAGCUGGGAAGAACUCAGAGCUGACAGCUGCCUCCUGUCAUGUCCAGGCCCCCCAGAACCUCUGGGGGCUCUGGGCCCUGGAAGGGGUGGGGUGGGACUUUCCUCCCCACUCCUAUCCCCUCCCUCUUUUCACUGUUCCUUUCUAUGUACAGCUCCUUAGACCUUUCACUUUUUUAAAAACGCAUUUUGUGUAGAGAAUAAGGAACGUGGAUCUUUUUAUUUUGCGAUCCUGGGCCAGCUAGAAACUGGGAGCUGAUCAAUCUUUUAACUUUUUUCAGUGGCCACAUUUUGGUUAUCAAUGUACCUAGAAGUAUGUAAAUUAGAUUAAAUUUCUCUUCUGGAAAUACCCCGGG